UUUCAUAUUUAACCUUUAGAUUUUUUAAAAAUCUUUUAUUUCUAGUCAACUCCAUUACAUUUAGCAGCUGGCUACAACCGUAUUAAGAUCGUGCGGCGUCUGUUACAGCAUGGAGCAGAUGUACAUGCUAAGGAUAAGGGAGAUCUUGUUCCUCUUCACAAUGCGUGUUCAUAUGGUCACUAUGAAGUAACAGAACUUCUAGUUAAGCAUGGAGCUUCUGUAAAUGCGAUGGAUCUGUGGCAGUUCACUCCUCUACAUGAAGCAGCUUCUAAGAACAGAGUGGAAGUAUGUUCUCUCUUGCUGAGCUAUGGUGCUGAUCCUACAUUGUUAAACUGCCAUAAUAAAAGUACAAUAGACUUGGCCCCAACAGCUCAGUUAAAAGAACGACUGGCAUAUGAAUUCAAAGGUCAUUCACUGCUACAGGCUGCAAGGGAAUCUGAUGUUGCUCGUGUAAAAAAACACCUCUCUCUUGAAAUCAUAAACUUCAAGCAUCCUCAGACUCAUGAAACUGCCUUGCACUGUGCUGCUGCAUCACCAUAUCCCAAAAGAAAGCAAGUCUGUGAGCUACUUCUAAGAAAAGGAGCCAACGUCAAUGAAAAGACAAAAGACUUCCUCACACCUCUGCAUGUGGCAUCAGAAAAAGCUCAUAAUGAUGUUGUUGAAGUACUUAUGAAACAUGAAGCAAAGGUCAACGCCUUAGAUAAUCUUGGGCAGACAUCUCUGCAUAGAGCAGCGUAUUGUGGUCAUCUUCAGACUUGCCGGCUGUUGUUGAGCUUUGGCUGUGAUCCAUCGAUUAUAUCUCUGCAGGGUUUCACAGCCUUUCAGAUGGGAAAUGAGAGUAUUCAGCAGUUAUUGCAAGAAGGUGUCCCAUUGGGCAACUCAGAGGCAGAUCGGCAAUUAUUAGAAGCUGCAAAGGCAGGAGAGAUGGAUGUAGUAAAAAAGUUAUGCACAGUACAGAGUGUAAACUGUCGGGAUAUUGAAGGGCGUCAGUCCACACCGCUUCACUUUGCAGCAGGAUACAAUAGAGUGUCCGUGGUUGAGUAUCUUCUGCAGCAUGGUGCUGAUGUUCAUGCAAAAGACAAAGGAGGCCUUGUCCCUUUGCACAAUGCUUGUUCAUAUGGACACUAUGAAGUUGCUGAAUUACUUGUUAAACAUGGUGCAGUUGUCAAUGUAGCAGAUAUCUGGAAAUUCACUCCUUUACAUGAAGCUGCUGCCAAAGGAAAAUAUGAGAUUUGUAAACUUCUGCUACAGCAUGGAGCUGACCCCACAAAGAAAAACAGAGAUGGGAAUACACCAUUAGAUCUUGUUAAAGAUGGUGACACAGAUAUUCAAGACCUACUUAGAGGAGAUGCAGCUUUACUAGAUGCUGCAAAGAAAGGAUGUUUGGCCCGGGUGAAGAAGUUAUGUUCCCCCGAUAAUGUAAAUUGUCGUGAUACACAAGGUCGACAUUCCACUCCACUCCACUUAGCAGCUGGCUACAACAAUUUGGAGGUUGCUGAAUACCUGUUAGAGCAUGGAGCAGAUGUAAAUGCACAAGACAAAGGGGGUCUAAUUCCUCUACAUAAUGCAGCAUCUUAUGGGCAUGUAGAUGUAGCAGCUUUACUUAUAAAGUAUAAUGCAUGUGUAAAUGCUACGGACAAAUGGGCUUUCACACCUUUGCAUGAAGCAGCCCAGAAAGGAAGGACACAGCUUUGUGCCUUAUUGUUGGCACAUGGAGCUGAUCCUACUCUGAAAAACCAGGAAGGACAAACACCAUUAGACCUAGUUACCGCUGAUGAUGUUAGUGCAUUAUUGACUGCUGCCAUGCCACCUUCUGCCUUGCCAUCAUGUUACAAACCUCAGGUUAUAAAUGUGUCCCAAACUACAUCUUCACCUGAUCCACUUUCUCCAGUUCCAUCCAGCCCACGUAAUCCAUCAGCAGCCAGUAGCCUUGACAACUUGUCUUGUAGCUUUUCUGAACUCUCAAUUAGUACAAGUAGUUCUGAUGGGGCCACAGGUUUGGAGAAGAAGGAAGUUCCAGGUGUGGAUUUUAGCAUAAAUCAAUUUGUAAGAAAUCUUGGACUUGAACAUCUGAUUGACAUAUUUGAGAGAGAACAAAUAACAUUAGAUGUAUUGGUUGAAAUGGGACACAAAGAAUUAAAGGAUAUUGGAAUUAAUGCCUACGGCCAUAGACACAAAAUAAUUAAGGGUGUUGAAAGACUAAUCUCAGGACAGCAAGGUCUUAAUUCCUAUCUAACGUUGAAUACUUCGGGUAGUGGAACAAUCCUUAUAGAUCUCUCUCCUGAUGAUAAAGAGUUUCAGUCAGUAGAAGAAGAGAUGCAGAGUACUGUUCGAGAGCACAGAGAUGGUGGGCAUGCUGGUGGUGUUUUCAACAGAUACAACAUCUUAAAGAUACAAAAAGUGUGUAACAAAAAGCUGUGGGAAAAGUAUACUCAUAGGAGGAAAGAAGUUUCAGAAGAAAACCAUCAUCAUGCUAAUGAAAGAAUGUUGUUUCACGGCUCCCCUUUUGUGAAUGCAAUUAUUCAUAAAGGUUUUGAUGAGAGACAUGCUUACAUAGGAGGAAUGUUUGGUGCUGGAAUUUACUUUGCUGAAAACUCUUCGAAAAGCAAUCAGUAUGUGUAUGGUAUUGGUGGUGGCACUGGUUGCCCAAUUCACAAAGAUAGAUCUUGUUAUGUCUGUCAUAGGCAGUUGCUGUUUUGCCGUGUUACAUUGGGCAAAUCUUUUCUUCAGUUCAGUGCAAUGAAAAUGGCCCAUUCUCCUCCAGGACACCAUUCAGUUACUGGACGACCUAGUGUUAAUGGAUUAGCAUUAGCAGAAUAUGUCAUCUACAGAGGAGAGCAGGCCUACCCAGAAUAUUUGAUUACCUACCAGAUUGUGAAGCCAGAAGUUACUACAGAAGCUUGAAAUCCAUAUGUUUUGCUGAGAUCUAAGUGAAGAGAGCUGAAUUGCUGAAAACUUCUGUUAACUCCCCUCCCCCAGCAUUGUGGUCGAAAAUGUGAACGAAAUCUAACAUUUUGACUUGGUAAAGCUUUAAUAAAUGUAUAAUAGGUUUUCUAAAACUUUCAGAAACUUCCUUUUUCAGCACUUUAACAGAUCUCAUUCCAGGUGAUACUGGGUUUGUCUGUACUAAAUUAUAAAGUAGAUAUUAACUUGAAUUGUGUUUUCUAAUUCCAGUGAAAUCUAAGAAACUGUUGCUCUACAGGAACUCAUUUUACUAAUACAGCGUUCUUUAAACAUUUACAGGAAUUACAGUUGCAUUUGUAAAACUGUAAAUAAGAGCUUUUCUACUAGCUAGGUAUUUAUUUAAAUUGUUUUUGUAAUAUAAGUGUUUCAGAAUUGUAACAUAUGCAAAAUUUCAUUCAAACUGUGCAUUACUCAUCUGCAUUCAUCACAUGCAGUAGUUUGGAGGACCCCAUGUAAUACAUGUCAGUUUGAGAAGAAAAAGCAUUCACUUGAUUUUAGCAUAGUAAGCAGUGUUUAGUGGAGGAGAAUGUUACAUUAGGUUUUGAAUAAAUCAGUCACAUUCCUAAGAAACCAAGCAGAACAUUCCAGUUGCUCAGCAGAUCCACUAGAAAUUAAUAUGUUACUGGAGUUGGGCAAGUAGGCUGGUUAUAAGUAUGAUGCAGAUAAACUUUUGAGUACACAUUUCAUAUGAAGGCAAUAUAUUUUAUAUAUCCAUGAUUUCUCUCUUAUCAGUACAGAGUUAAAUACAGAGAUGAUAAUGAGACCAGAGUUGAACUUGCUUUUAGAUGUAGGGCUCUGUGAGUGAAGUCUAUUUGGAUUGCAUCUUUUUACUUUUUGUUGGCUAUGCUUUUCCUAGCUUUCUGUGAGCAUUCACUGGUCUACAUACUGUGUAUGGUGACUGGGGUUUCUCCAUGUGAAAGGCAGUGGAGGCAAAGGUUAGAAAAAGGAACAGCCAUCUCUCUUGAAGGCACUAACAAUGACUUCACACCCUCUCCCAAUACUUGCUUUCAUUAUUCAUUAAGUUCCUUCCAUGAUUACCCAACUGUUCUAGCUACUUUUUGUAUAAAUAUAAAUAACUGAAACGUUAACUGCAGGAGUCCAGUAUUAAAUUCUACAUUUUAGUUGGGGUUCUUCAGUGUAUAUAGGACCAUGGCCCAUAUUAUAAUUUAAUGUGAAUCAUUACCGCACUAUGGUUUAAGAAAGUGUGCCAAGAUGGCUUGAACUGUCUGGCUUAUAUGGUGGUUUAGGACUUGAGUCUAAAAGAAAUUGCAUUCCACGUGAAGUUAGUGCAUGGAUAGGUAUAAAAUCAUGUGGACAACAUAGUACAUAAGGUGAGCACCGCUGCAAGCAAUACAGUCAAAUAAAAGGGUUCCUGAUUUGUAUGGUACUUUUUCACUGCAUGUUUUCCACUCACUAGUUUAGCUAAAUGCCGGAACAGGUGUUCAUGCAAGAUUUGCUGAUUGAGAACUUGUUUCAUUACUAAAAAUAGUUCAUUCUUUGUGAAUGAUUAAAUGUGAUAAAAUAAUUGUGGUAUUGGUAACAUUUCAAAUGGUACCAUAAGGUUGGUUAGAAUGUUUUAAAUUUGCAUGACAUAUCUAUCUUUUUCUGAAGGUGGAAAACGUAAUGGUUUUGAUUGUGUUGAUUUCAAGUGAAAUUCUAGCCUCCUGUGCAAUUAGUGCUUUACUCAUAUUGAAAGUAUUUAACUGUAUUUGUACCACUUUCCAUAACAUUCAGUCCUAAAUAAACUUCAUUCACAAGCUUU